AUGAAUUAAUUUUUUACAGAGAGAGGUGUUUAAGGGAACAAAGUAUCUAUGGUACCUAAUGAUUCUGUAGUUAAAGUGGUAAAAAUUGAAAACCCUGUAAGAUUAAGAAAAGAGAGUAGAAGCUUUGCAAAAACUCAGAAACCAGAAUCAAAUAUUUUAAAUGAUGGGGAUAAAAAAAAAUCAUCUUUCGAAGAUAGUAGAAUAACUAUGCUGUUAUUUGAGAAAUAUAAAUCUGUUGAAUUAACAAGAUUCUUUACAAUAGCUGCUAGUAUGAUAUUAAUAGUUUUGGAAUAUGAAUAUUCGUAUAGCACAUAAUUAACAAGAAUAUUAGAAGAAGAAAUGAAAUUAUUUCUUUAUUUAAUAAUGUUCUUUACAAUUGUUAGUAGUAAUUUAUUUAUUUAUAAAUAAAUAAGUUGUUCUGACUUUUGUUAGUUACCAAGUUUUGAUGGCCUAUUAAAAAGAAGCCUAAAUGAUCACACCUCAAGCAAGCUUAUCUGAAACACCCUUAAUAUGGGGUAUUGUAUGGGAAAUUUUGCUUUUAAUUUUAAAUCCAACUCCAUAUACUUGUUACUAAAAAAUAGAAUUUCAACAAAGAUACACAGAUACAAUUAGAUUUUAUUAUUUAAAUGAAAUUUUCACAUUUCUUGGAAUGUUUAAAGGAUUCUUAUUGUUGAAUAUAAUUUUUAAAUUCUAGAAAUAUUCAUCAUCAAGAAUAGGUCGAAUCUGUAGAUUAUAUUCAGCUGAUUUUAAUACACAUCUGAUGUUAAAAUUAUGUAUAAGAGAUAAGCCAUUUGAAACAUUAUCAAUUCUAUUUGCAGGAGGAAUGUUUGUGUUUGGAUAUUCUUUAGAAGUUGCAGAAAGAGCCCUAUUUAGAUUAGAAGACUCUUUAGAUCCUUCUUACAUAAGUAAUAGAUUUUGGAUUAAUCUUAUUACUAUUUUUACUGUAGGAUAUGGUGAUUUUUUCCCUUAUACUGAUUUAGGUAGAGUAGCGAUGGCUUGUAGUGUAGUCUACGGAGUUGUGGUUACUUCUCUCUUUACUGCUACUCUAUAUAGUUUAUUAACUCCAUAGAAUGGUGAAUGUUUGGUAUGGGCAUUAUUAGAAAAGGCAAAUGUAAGAAACACAAUAUAAAACGUUAGUGGAAAUAUUUUACUAAAGUUGAAUGAUUUAUCUAAGAAACACUCUGGCUAAUUUAAAACCAUCGAGGAAACUUUCAUUGUUAAAGAUUAGAUAGCAAUUUUAAAUAAUUUAUUAUAAGAGGUUGUUACUUUAAAAAGGUAAUAUCGUGACAUUGAUGGUGAAGAAUUUAUGGCUAUGGUUAAAAGAAAAUUUAAGGAUAUCAACGGAUAAUUUGAAGAUGUAUAAGAAUUCUUAGAGAAACUUUAAAAAUAAUAAAAACUUAUUAGUUCUACUAUAGAAAAGCCUUUCGAUUUUUCAGUUAAAUAAUCGAUCAAAGUUAAAGAGUCUAGUAAAGAUGAUGAUUUCUUUGAUAAUCUUAAUGAAACAAAUAAUUGCUCAUACUUAAUGCGUUUCGAAGAUGACUGAC